CGGCAGCAACCCCGCGUCUCCCUGCCCGCUCAGUGCGCAGGCGCCGCCACCGCCCCGCCGGCCACGGCGCAUGUGCGCAGAGAAGCGGCCUGUUCCGCGCCGGAGCGGCUUUGACUCCUGGGCCGUGUCGUUGGAGGCACAGAGUUGGGGCUGGUUCGUCAUACGGGGCAAAGAUGAGUCUGUUUGGAUCAACAUCGGGGUUUGCUACUGGAGGUACCAGCAUGUUUGGCAGUACCACUGCAGAUAACCACAAUCCAAUGAAGGAUAUUGAAGUAACGUCUCCACCUGAUGACAGCAUAUCUUGCUUAGCAUUUAGCCCGCCAACGUUGCCGGGUAAUUUCCUCAUUGCAGGAUCAUGGGCAAAUGAUGUUCGCUGCUGGGAAGUUCAGGAUAAUGGACAGACAAUUCCAAAGGCUCAACAGAUGCACACAGGGCCUGUACUAGAUGCCUGCUGGAGUGAUGAUGGGAGUAAAGUAUUCACUGCUUCCUGUGAUAAAACUGCCAAAAUGUGGGAUCUCAACAGUAAUCAAGCUAUUCAGAUUGCACAACACGAUGCUCCUGUGAAGACUAUUCAUUGGAUUAAAGCACCAAAUUAUAGCUGUGUGAUGACAGGAAGCUGGGAUAAAACUUUGAAGUUCUGGGAUACCCGUUCACCAACACCCAUGAUGACAUUGCAGCUCCCUGAAAGGUGUUACUGUGCAGAUGUGGUUCAUCCUAUGGCUGCAGUGGCCACUGCCGAAAGAGGUCUGAUAGUUUAUCAGUUAGAGAAUCAGCCUUCUGAAUUCAGAAGAAUAGAAUCUCCUCUUAAACACCAGCAUCGCUGUGUUGCUAUUUUUAAAGACAAAGUGAACAAGCCUACUGGAUUUGCCCUUGGAAGUAUUGAAGGAAGAGUAGCUAUUCAUUAUAUUAACCCCCCAAAUCCGGCAAAAGAUAAUUUCACUUUUAAAUGUCAUCGCUCCAAUGGAACAAAUACAUCAGCACCUCAGGAUAUCUAUGCUGUAAAUGGGAUAGCAUUUCACCCUGUCCAUGGUACUCUUGCAACAGUAGGAUCUGAUGGUAGAUUCAGCUUUUGGGAUAAAGAUGCACGAACAAAGCUAAAAACAUCAGAACAGCUUGACCAGCCAAUAUCUGCUUGUUGCUUCAACCACAAUGGCAAUAUAUUUGCAUAUGCUUCCAGUUAUGAUUGGUCAAAGGGUCAUGAAUUUUAUAAUCCACAGAAGAAAAACUACAUUUUCCUGCGAAAUGCAGCAGAAGAGUUAAAGCCUAGGAAUAAGAAGUAGCAAGUAUGAGUCUGACUUGUGUUACUCUACUGUUUUUCUGCCAUUCCUGCCUCUACUCCACUGCUCUUCUGCCAUUUGUGCCCUGUUGCACCACAGUUCAGUCAACUUUGGGUGGCUAACAUUUAGCAGGAACUGUAUAAAUCCCAUUAAAAGCAUUCUGACUCGCAGGAGAACAUCUUUUCAAGUUAGAUAUUCUGAUGUGUAUAAGAAAGAGGGGCUUGUGUUCUUAUAACCGUUGGCUGUUCCACAGCAAUAAUGAAAUUGCAGCAAAAUCUAAAUCUGGGCUAGACAUUCCUGCUUAGAAGUGCAACCAUUUGUAUCUAUGGAUUUAUUUUAUUAGUGCAACAUUCAGGUGUUAAUUCUAAUAGUUCUGGAGAAGUUGUAUAAAUACUGUAUUUUUUGUAAGUACUCGAAGAAUUGAAAGUAAUUCUUCUCAAAGGAAGCUUGUUACUACUUCUUAUUCAGGGGCUCUUUUAUUGCUUUCUGAUUUUCAAAAUGGAAAUAUUGUCUACUGUAUGCCAAGGAGAAUUGCCUUGCAAAUUGUGUUCCUUCAUGGUUUGGCUGAAUUUGGUAGAUAUGUAAGUGGCCAGCAGCAGUGACAGAAACUCAUGACAGAAGAUGGGUACACUGCAGAUUUUUCUUUAGUUUCUUCUUAUUUUCUGUCAACAGACAUGACUUUGGAGCUGAUUGUAGUUCAGAGGAGAAAUUAUCCAUUGUGCCAGGUGGAAUAUAGCUCAGUAAUAGGAGCAAACCACUAAAAGGUUUGUUUUCCUGAUGACCAAACCAAUUUGUGCAAAAUCCUCAUGGCCUAAACCGGUUUCAAACUGACACCUUUUAGAGUUAAAAGUUGGUUCUUUUACAUCUCUCUUAACAUGUUUUUGUCCCUUAACAGGGGUUUACAGACUGAAAAAAUAGUACACAUUUUUGUAGAAAAUAGUGCUGAUGAGUUUCAUCUUGAUCAAAAAUGCUGUGAAACAAAACAAGUGGCUCUCUUUCUGACUUGAAUCUACCACUGUUUACUUUAGCCAGUUGUAUACAUGCCAAAGUUCUCUUUUUAGAAGUGAAUUAACUGUUGUUUGUUUGGUAUUGACUAAAUAAAACUGGGGAGUCGCAUGUAUAGAAAUAUCUGUCAUCUUGUACAAAUGCUCUGUAAAACUCUGUGGUGUAACCCUUCUGGAUUCAUGCUACAUUUCAAAUAAAAUUUUUAUUAAAUGGGUUUUUUUAAAUAUA